AUGUCUUCAAGUCAAGACUCGAAUCGGGAGCGCCCGAUGCCCAUCGCCAUAGUCGGCAUGUCUUGCCGUCUAUCGGGUGGCGUCUCAACACUUGACGACUUUUGGACCAUGCUGUCGCGCUCCCGGGACGGCUGGCGGCCUAUUCCUGAAGAGAGAUUCACUCCCAAGGCAUUCUAUCAUCCAGAUCCGCAGAAGAAAGGCAGUUUCAAUAAUAAGGGUGGCUAUUUUAUAAAUGGCGAUUUGUCCAACUUUGAUGCACCGUUUUUUCAGAUUACCAGACAAGAGGCCGAGGCUAUGGAUCCCCAACAGAGACAUCUUUUAGAGUGCACGUACGAAGCUCUGGAGAAUGCCGGGAUUCCUAAGAAUACCAUUUCUGGGAGCAACAUGGGAGUCUUCAUCGGCGGCGCCUCCUCAGAUUAUCGGCUUGGCACGUUGAAAGAAGUUGAUCAGAUACCCAUGUAUGAUGCCACAGGCAAUCACCAGUCCAUUCAGGCCGGCCGUAUCUCUUAUUACUUCAAUCUUCACGGGCCUUCAUUUUCAACAGACACAGCAUGUUCAUCCGGCCUAUAUGCACUUCAUUUGGCAGUACAGAGCAUCCGCUCGGGAGAGUCGGACUCGGCUAUUGUCGCAGCAUCCAGCCUGCAUCUACAGCCUCAUGAUAUGGUCUCCAUGUCAAUGCUAGGACUUUUCAAUGAACACGGCAAAACAUUUGCAUUCGAUCACAGAGCAAAGUCUGGCUUUGCUCGAGGUGAGGGCACAGGCUGCCUCAUUCUGAAACCUCUUCACAAAGCUCUUGAGGAUAAAGACAAAAUACGCUCCGUCAUUAUACACACCGGUGCGAACCAAGAUGGCAAAACCACAGGACUGACAAAUCCUAGUGGUGAGGCACAAGAGCGUUUGAUACGUGAAGUGUAUGCGAGAGCAGGCAUCUCUCCUGAGGACACUGGAUAUGUUGAAGCCCAUGGAACCGGUACGAGAACCGGCGAUCCCAUCGAAGCUAAUUCCAUAUACCGUGUUUUCGGCGCGGGCCGUACAAAGCGCAUGCCUUUGUAUAUGGGCUCAGUUAAAUCCAAUGUUGGUCACUUGGAAAAUGCAAGUGGAAUUAUAUCCGUCAUCAAAGCGUCCAUGAUGCUCGAAAAGGGCUUCAUCCUUCCCAACAUCAAUUUCGAAAAGGCCAACGAGGCGAUUCCCCUCGACGAAUGGAACAUUAAAGUCCCAACUAGCAUACGGCCGUGGCCGCGAAACAAGCGCUACAUCAGCGUCAACAGCUUCGGUUUCGGGGGCUCUAAUGCGCAUGUUGUGCUGGAAAAGGUUCCGUUCUCGCUUCGUGACUCUCCUCACGAUAACCAGAACGUGACUCCCAGGUUAUUCGUCCUAUCUGCUCAUGAUGAAGGUGCAGCCAAGCGAGUGGUUGAAAAACUUGGCAUCUACAUUGAGCAGCAUCCUGAGGUCUUUCAGAAGCGAUUGGUUAGGGACAUGGCUUAUACGCUCGGUGAGAGGAGGACACAUCUGCAAUGGCGCAUCGCCAUUACAGCAUCAUCUUGCGAUGAGUUGGCAAAUGCGCUCAACGGUGUCGGUGCCACGCCUGUAGUAGCUUCCAAUGAGCCGAAAGUGGCAUUCGUGUAUACCGGCCAGGGAGCGCAAUGGGCGGGAAUGGGCAAGGAGCUCAUGGAAAGCCACCCGGUAUUUGCCAAUACCAUCAAAGCAUGCAGUGACUAUCUGCAAGAGAUUGGUGCCGAGUUUUCUCUUUUGGCUGAGCUGGCCAAGGGAGAAAAGGAAACGCUGGUCAACGAGGCACAUAUUUCGCAGCCUGCAUGCACAGCUAUUCAAAUUGGCCUUACGAAGCUCUUAGAGUCCUGGGGAAUCGCUCCGUCAGCAGUUAUUGGUCAUUCCAGUGGAGAAAUUGGAGCUGCUUUUGCUGCUGGCUCUAUUAAUAUUGAAGACGCCAUGUCUGCGGCCUACUGGCGUGGCAAGGUUUCCUCAGAUAUGAGGCUGAAGCACCCAGAUCUUCGAGGUGCCAUGCUCGCUGUGGGUGCUGGAGCUGAAGAGGUCAAGGGCAUCAUCAAGACUCGAGGCCUGCAAAACGUCACUGUUGCCUGUGAGAAUUCUCCGGACUCCAUUACAGCUUCUGGAGACGAAGAAGAUGUCGAUAAGCUUGCCGCAGAAUUGGAGACCCGAAGCAUCUUCAAACGCAAGCUGCGGGUGACAGUGGCAUAUCACUCUGCUCAUAUGCAACUCGUUGCAGACGAUUACAAAGCCGCGAUCAAGAACAUGAAAGACAAAACCACCUCUAAAGUCGAGUUUUAUUCCUCUCUAGUUGGCAGGAAACUCGAUUCGGCGAUGUCUCUUGGUCCAUCCUAUUGGGUCGAUAACUUGACCAAGCCGGUGCUCUUCUCACCAGCUCUCAAAGAGCUUUAUGAGGGCACAAAGCCGGAUGUCAUUAUCGAAGUUGGUCCGCAUUCUGCCCUUGAGGGCCCAAUCAAACAGAUAUUAAAGAAUAUCAGCUCUCAAGCUGCCAUGGGAGUGAAAUAUUUGUCUUGCCUCAUUCGAAAUCAGCAUGCCACCUCCACUGCUCUGGAUUGCGCAGGUAGCCUAUUUGUUAAAGGUCACCCAAUCAAUUUGAGGAAAAUCAACCAUCCGAACGCAAGUCUACGCUUGCCUGCUGUUGUCUCAGAUUUUUAUCCGUAUCCUUGGUCAGAACACAAGUACUGGUUUGAACCUCGUUCAUCCAAGCAGUUGCGUCAGAAGCCAUUUAUGCGUCAUGAUCUCUUGGGUCUCUUGGAAGAUUCGUAUAGCGAUAUUGAGCCAAAAUGGAAAAACGUCAUUUCAACAGAUGAUGUUCCAUGGCUCAAAGAUCAUCGGAUGCAGUCCUUAGCCACAUUCCCACUGGCAGGCUACAUCUGUAUGGCUGUGGAGGCGGCGUCACAACGCGCUCAGCUGAGAGAUAUUCCAGCUGAGCAAAUCGACGGUUUCCGUCUUCGAGAAAUUCAGGUUUCCAAGGCUCUCAUACUCGACGACGGUGCCCCAUAUGAGAUGAUAUUUUCUCUGAAGCCUUAUGCUGAGGGCACAAGAUUCAAUUCUAGUGACUGGGAUGAGUUCCGCAUCUCCUCGUGGACCUCAGCCAGAGGUUGGUUGGAGCAUUGUAGUGGCCUCGUCGGUAUCAAAAAGGCCGCUCCAAUCAAUCCUGUUAGUGAUGGACUAUUGCGCGCCGCUUCUAUCCGUCGCCAGCAUACUCUGGGCAUGAGCUGUCACCAACUCCCCAUGGAUGGCUUCUACUCCGAACUAGAGUCUCGCGGAGCGGGAUAUAGCGGAGUCUUUAGAAUCUCGCCAGACGCUGACGUGAAAAUCCACGAACAGUACUCUACUGCGUCUUUGACUAUCCCUAACACAGCAACUGUUAUGCCGGCAUCCUUUGAGCCAGCAUCCAUUGCACCCGCAGCAUUCGUGGAUCUAUUGUUUCAGCUUACCUUUCCAAUAUUGGGCGCAGGCAGUGGCGAGAUGCCUUCUCUCUUCAUGCCGUCCGCUGUUAAAGCAAUUGAGAUAAGCAGCAAAUUCCCAAACACUCCUGGAGAGCGGGUGCAAGUAGUCGCGCAUGGGUGUCCAGACUUUACAGCUCCUGGACCCGUCGACUUUUUCAUCGAUAUGUGGUAUCAAGAUGCCAUUGAACCUGUGACAAAGAUUAGUGGGUUCAGGAUGACGCCAGUGAAUGGCGACAUCGAUGAUGGUGUUAGUCCGCGAUCUAUCUGUUACAAGGUACAGUGGGAGUCUUUGGAUGAAGUAAAUGAGAAGGCAGAGAGGGGUGCAAAGGAGAAUUGUGCCAUUGAAAACGGCCAUGAAAAUGGUGAUUCUUCUGGUAAGAUGUCCGCGAGCAGCGAGGCAAACGGUACAAAGAGCCAUGCCAUUUCUCAUCGCGAUGGAAGCGAUCCUCUCGUGGGAACUCUUUUGGAUCUUCUAGAGCUGCGAACCACGAAAAGGCCACGACUAAUUGACUUCUCCAACCUCAUUCCUGAAUCUGGUUGUUGCUACAUCUGUUUGUCUGAAAUAGACGAGCCGCUGCUUGCCAAUAUGACAGAAGAGAUAUUUGAAAAGAUGCAGAAUCUGCUCGUUACCUGUCAGUCUGUGCUCUGGGUGACCUCUGGAGCAUAUAGGUUUGCAGAACAGCCAGAGAGCAACAUUUCGCAAGGACUCCUACGCACAGUACGUUCUGAGGCAAACAAAGCUGUAGCCUCUCUUGACUUGGAUCCUCAUUCGACGCUUGAUGUGCUGGAUACAGCUGAGCUCAUUCUUCGUGCCGUCAAAGUUUCCAUUGCAACGCCAGAAGAUGACACUCCUGUUGACUACGAAUUUGCGGAGGAGGGGGGCAAGCUCAUGGUUCCCCGUGUUGUUAAGCAAGAAGAUAUGAAUCUUGCAAUCUUUCACGACACACAGGCUACAGCCGCACCGCCCUACUUGCAGCCAUUUGAACAGCCUGGACGACGACUCACUGUUGCUGUCGGUACUUAUGGCGCUCUUGACUCUCUUUACUGGAAAGAUGAAGACGAGACACCCUUGGGCCCACACGAGGUUGAGAUCAAAGUCGCGUGCACAGGCAUGAACUUCAAAGACGUAGUUAUCGCAAUGGGCCAGGUGGCCAGUCCGUACCUCGGCAUUGAAUGCAGCGGCACGAUAUCUCGCAUCGGCUCGUGUGUUAGUUGCCUAAAAGUUGGCGAUCGUGUCUGUGCCAUGUCGCUGGGUGCGUAUAGCACGUUCGCUCGAUGUCCUGCAUCCAGCGCUGCUACUAUCCCAGACGAUAUGAGUUUCGAGGUUGCAACAUCGAUUCCUGUUGUAUACUGCACCGCCUAUUACGGCAUCAUGGACCUUGCUCGACUGGAGUAUGGCGAGAAGAUAUUGAUUCACGCCGCAACUGGCGGUGUUGGACAAGCAGCCAUUCAGCUGGCGCAGAUGGUUGGCGCAGAGAUUUAUGCCACCGUUGGGAGCGCAGACAAGAAAAAGUUCCUGAUGGAUACAUAUGGCAUCCCAGAAACACGUAUCUUUUACAGUCGAGAUGUUUCGUUUGGCCCAGCCGUUCGGGAAGCUACUAGUAGCCAUGGGGUUGAUGUUGUGCUCAAUUCACUUGCGGGAGAUCUCCUCCGCGAGACAUGGGAAUGCCUUGCACCGUUUGGUCGCUUCAUUGAGCUCGGAAAACGGGAUAUCACAAAUAACACAAGACUCGAGAUGGCCAAGCUUGAGUACAACUGCACUUUCAGCUCGGUAGAUUUGACGCUUCUUGCGGCAAGGCGGCCCAAACUCAUGCAACGUACCUUUGCAUCCGUCAUGCACCUCCUCGAAAAUAAGACAAUCCAACCUAUCGGGCCAAUCACACCUGUCAACAUCCAAAAUGUCGAGGGAGCGCUUCGCAAAUUGCAAAGCGGCAAGACGACAGGGAAGCUGGUGGUGACGCAUAGUGGCCAAAGUCAAGUCAAAGCUACACACCCUGCGCCUCGCUCAGACAUGCUGGAGCGCGACGCAACUUAUCUGAUUAUUGGUGGAACAGGUGGUCUCGGACGCUCAAUCACAAGACGGAUGGUGAGGCUAGGUGCUCGCCACAUCAUCUUGCUCUCGCGGAGCGGCAAGGUAACGGAUGACUUGACUAAGUUGAUGAAGGAGAGUCGAAAGUUGGGAGCUUCGAUAUACGUUGUGCCUUGUGAUGUUGCAGAUGAGAAGAGUGUCCAAGCAUUGGUGGAGGAGCUGCAGGACGAUUUGCCCCCUAUUAGGGGCAUUAUUCAUGCCGCCAUGGUCCUAAGAGACGUCCUUUUCGAGAAAAUGACCUUUGAAGACUAUGAAGCUGUUGUUAGAAGCAAAAUUUCUGGAGCGUGGAACUUUCACAAAGCGCUCAUCAAUACUCCACUCCAGUUUUUUAUCGUUUUAUCGUCUGUUGCUGGCAUAGUGGGCAACAGAGGCCAAGCACACUAUUCUGCUGCCAACACGUACCUUGACGCUCUUGUCUUGCAUCGACGCCGCAAAGGCCUUGCAGCCGCAUCAAUCGAUCUCGCUGCGGUUGAAGGAGUCGGUUAUCUGGCAGAAAAUGCAGCCAAGAUGUCGCAGGUCAUGAGGAACUUGUCUGAUAACACUGUAGGCGAGGCGGAGGUAUUGGCAUUAAUCGAAUCUGCCAUGACAGGCAGAGUCGAUUUCUUCUGCCAAGGUCAAGUGAUUACUGGACUCGGCUUCGACAACGCAUCGGCAAUGCCGUUUUACGCCUCGGAUGCUAAAUUUUCUUACCUCCGUGAUGCUCUGCUCGCCACAUCAGGCGACGUAGAUAUAUCUUUGAGAUCUGAAAUCCUGACCAUUUGUCAGCAGCUUCGAAGAUGUACCACUGUCAAGGAGGCUCAAGAUGUUGUGACACUUGGCCUUCGAGACAAGCUCGGCGCUAUCCUGAUGCUGCCUGAAGAGGUGAUGGCAGCACGGCAGGGAAACACAUCCAUCACAGCCUUUGGACUUGACUCACUUAAUGCCAUUGAACUGCGGAAUUGGAUUGGGAAAGAGUUGCAGGCCCAUUUGCAGGUGCUGGAGCUGCUUACAAGCGGUCGAGUUGCGGAUUUGGCAGGGCUGGUGCUUCGGAAGUCGAGAAUCGAGGGAGUGUGGACGGAGAAGUGA